AUUCAAAGUCAUUUGGACCUAUUCCCUUGGGCCUCAUACGAGGAAGGGUGACCCAUGUUGUGUGGCCUCCACAAAGAAUAGGCGCCAUCCAGAGUCCUCCACGAGAAAGAUUAUCUUCUUUAUAGUUGGAUCCUGAUGAUGCUGUUGCCAGGCCUCCUCAGUGCAGAAUUUUGUAAGGGAGAAGACAUGGGAAGGCUAUUCUUGGUUAGUCUUGAAGGGAACUUCUAUAGCUGCAAGCACUGCCAAACACAUUUUGCCCUUGCUCAUGAUAUCAUUUCCAAGUCUUUCCAGUCCAGGCAUGGGAAAGCUUAUCUCUUUGAUAAAGUUGUAAAUGUUACCGUUGGAGAGAAAGAAGAACGAAAUCUGAUUACUGGAGUGCACACUGUUGUUGACAUAUUCUGUGUUGCAUGUGGAUCCAUUGUUGGAUGGAAAUAUGAGUCUGCUUGUGAGAAAUCUCAACAGUAUAAAGAAGGAAAGUUUAUCCUUGAAAGGUUUAAGGUGUUGGGACCUGAUGGCAGCCUCUACAUGGAAGCUCCAGAACCAAAUGCUGCUGGAAGUGAUGUUGAUGAUGUUUGAUUUGCUCAUUUAGGAUCUAAUCUCAUUUUGAAACUGUACAUUCUCUAUGCUUCUUCCUGUUAAAAUAUGUUAUACUUCAGCUAUUAGUAUACAUUUACAAUGCACUAAAGGUUACAAUAGUUCCCUUAUUACAAUGCAUUAAAGGUUACAAUAGUUCCCUUACCCUUAAUUCAAAAUCAACUAGGCCAAAAUGUUGGAAUUGUAUGAAA